AUGGGAUCAACCAUUAAUAACUCCUUUGGUUGCUGGAUUGACCUGAGAAAUCGUCUCAGCAGACGAGGAGGAGGAGAGGAGCAGGGAGGCAGGAUAACUGAGAGCCAGACAAGUGCUGCCACAGCCAAGGAUUUGGUGGGAGUUCAUCAUGGGCUCCGAAGUAACUCCCAGAAGCUUGCAUCUGCUCCUCAAUUUGUUUCUGCUGGCAACGUUGAGCUGGACCAGGCGGGCUCUGGGCGGAGACACCAGAUGUGCGGCUUUCUGACACCGAUGAAAUUGGGACUCGGGGUGAAGGGGUUUUCUCAGGUUGUUGCCCAGCACAAUAGGCUGAGGAGCCGGGUCAUGCCCUCUGCGGCUAACAUGCAAAAGAUGGAAUGGGAUGAGCAGCUUGCUGUGCUUGCUAAGGAACAGGCUGCGUUGUGCAACCAAGACGCUUCCCUUCUCCACACGCCGAGCUUCGGUCACAUUGGCUGGAACAUGCAUCUCUCCGCUGACGGUGCCGCCUCGUUUUCCAUCAUCGUUGAUGCCUGGUUUGAGGAGGGAAAAUAUUUUUUGUACUAGUGGGCGGAUGCAACCUGUCGGCACUACACACAGCUGGUUUGGGCUACCUCAAGUCAUGUGGGCUGUGCCAUCCAGCAGUGUCUCACCUCUUCCAUGUCCGGCUGUUUCCGACUGUGGGACCACGUAGGCGGACUGUGUGAAAUUCCAAAGAACCCCUGCAGAAUGAGCUGCGGGCAACAUGGCCGCCUCAAUCUUACAUCCUGCAAAUGCAAGUGUGGCCUGGGAUUCACCGGACGCUUCUGUCAGGUAAGAUGCAGCAUGCAGUGUUUUCACGGUCGUUUCGAAGAAGAAGAAUGCUCCUGUGUGUGUGAUGUUGGCUACGGUGGUGCUGAGUGCACAGAAAAGGUGCAGUUCCCCUUUCACAGCUGUUAUCUUACGAUAGAUGGAACUUGCUUCAUGGUGUCUUCGGAGGCUGACAGCUACUAUGGGGCCAAAACUCGCUGCCAGGCCAGAGGACUUAUUGGAACUUUAGCUGAGAUUCACAGCCAGAAAGUCCAGGACAUCCUAGUGUUUUAUCUAAGUGAGCUGGAGGCGAGCAAUGAAGUCACCAACACCGACUUUGAAACGAGAAACUUCUGGAUAAGUUUGACAUAUAAGCCUCCAAGAGACUCAUUUCGCUGGGACACAGGAGAGCUCCUUCGAUUCAGCAGCUUUGCCUUUGGGCAACCUGACAACCAAGGUUUCGGAAACUGUGUUGAACUGCAGGCACUGAGCACUUUCAACUGGAAUGAUCAGCGCUGCAAAACCAGGAACCGAUACAUUUGCCAGCAUGGUAAGGCCCCUCCAGGCAGACACUCAAAAGAAGUGUGGAAGGAGGUAAAGGUUCUCCAAAUGCCCACCAGUGAUACACAGUCAGGCCCUCUUGUCUUAAAAUACACCUGCUGACCACAGGAUCUGUAUUUGUUUGCUACGCCAUCAGUGUGAAGCUUUUUCUGCUGAAAUUACAGCUCUUUUUGUGAAUUGACAAAAGAAAAUGUUGAGGAAUAUCAGUAAAGUAGUACUGAGUUUUAGCUCUGAAUGCAAAAAGGGACAGUGAGUUUAUAAACUAAGUCAUUUCUACUUAAACCGCAGGCACAUAUUCAUGGUGGUCUUCAACGGAACAAUGAAUUGUCCUCUCAUAUUUCUCCCCCAAACUCAGCAUUGUUCUGCAUUUGUGGCAUCAGCUGCACUGAGGCCAAAACCCAGCAGGCUGAAACUGAGCCGUUUGCCUAAAGGGCAACAUUUGGUGCUAGGAAAUUACAACAUCUUUUAUGUAACUGAUAUUGACUGGACAUUUUAUACCCUUCUUAAAAAUUAUGAAAAGAUUACUUUGAUAUUCAAGUUUAUAGUCAGAUCUACAACUCCCAAGCUACAAAUCAUAAAUGACUAUUACUAGCCGGAAAACCUCAGCGGAAGCUUAAAAACAUGUUUUACUUUAGCUGGUUGGCUCUUUUUCUUUCAGGCGUAACACAGACUGGCCUUUUAAAUUUCAGCUGUCAUUCGCUUGGCCUGCUGUGCUCCUCCGUGUCCAUGCAGUACCUUGUGUCUCUGGUAAUCACUGAGGGUUAGGAGUAAAAUGUUAAUCUUCUGUGUCCAAAAAAAAAAAAAAGAAAAAACAACAAAAUCCUCAGUGUGAUAGUGACUACACAUUUAAACCUGCUUUUCAGUUCAAAUCAAUCGCACUCAGUGCUUACCAUCAAGAACCCCCCCAAGCGAUCAAUACAUGUCGUUUUCACAAAGACUCCCACUGUUUGGACACACAUACCACUUACAUUGAUCGAGAAGAAUGAGAUGGUGGCAGAUGUUUAGUGUUGUCCAUUUACGGCUGUCUUUGCUAAGUUCUGGUGUGUCAUCUGGUAUCGAUCCGUUAAAGCUGAAUCUGCUCUGAAUGCAGUCAGUGUUGCUAAGACACCAGCUUUUUACAAACGGCUUUUUGGGGACCCAACUAUGUCUCACUUCUUUGUGGUACAAAAUUAGCACAUCGUGGUCAAAACGUUGCUUGAGGGUUGCGUUUUGUCAAGAGGGCUUACUCUUUUAGUUGAACUUUUUUAUUAAUUAUGCUAACCGCAAGAGUUUAUUCUUCCCCAGUCAAA